AUCCAAUAGAUGAGAAUAUUGUUUAAAAAAAAAUAUUAAAUAAAAAUAUACAAUUUAUACAAUAUAAAUAAUGAUAUAUAGUAUACAUAUAAUUAAAUAGAAAUGCAGCUGCAGACAGUAGUAACUAUCUCUCAUUCUUAGUAAAACAUGAAAAAUCUGAUAAAACAGCAAAAUUUAUAACUAGAAUGUUAAGUACAAAAAAUGUAAAAAUAACUAAUUUGUAUAAAGAACGAAUAGAAUUAUUGGCACUACAUUACCCAUAUAAUGAUAAAGAGCAUACUCUAGUAGGUAAUAUACAACUAAUUGAUGUUAUGGGAACAUUAACAUCUACAAUAACAAAACUAUUCAACAAUUUGCCAUCAUAUACAAAAGUGAAUGUUUGCAAAAAUAUGUUAUGUCCUAAUUAUAUGACUGUACAAAAAUACCCAGUCCUUUCGUUAUGUGCUUUUGAUGGUUACAUAAAUGUACAAGAAGAAAUUGAAAAAUAUUUUUUAACUGAAGAAGUAGACUGUAUUGAAUAUCCGUCAAGAAGGAAACACACAUUCAAUGCAAAAUCCCAUACAUUGAUUGAGCUUGUGUCACUUCCAAAAGAACUUGAAGCAUCGACAAGUUAUGCAGACAUUACUGAAAUCUGUAAUGUUCCUCAAAAUUAUGUAAAACCAGUUUUAUGGGACUUGGAGGAAAUACCGAAAAUAUUGAUAAUAAGAACCAAAGAAUACUAUUUAAGAAGUGCAAUCGUAUUUGUAAGUGGGGAUCGCUCUGGUCUAAGAGUAUCCACUGGACAUUAUAAGUCAAUAGUAUGGCGAGACAAUGAUCGGUGGGAAGUGUAUGAUGACCUUAAAGAAACAGCUACAAAUCUCCAUGGAAAAAAACAAAAUGUAGAAUUUUUAAUAUACACAAUAUAAAGUUUUUGAUGAAUUUUAUUUAUUUAUUUAUAACUUUAUUACCAACUUAAAAUAUUGUAGCACAAAUUUGAUAUAAAAAAGACAGUACUAGAUUAAAAUUGACAAUGGUGUUAAUGGCAUAAGAGGUAAAACAGAAAUUAAGAAGAUAUUGAUUAUUUAGAGAGCAAUAAAAAAAAGGAAAAAUAUAAAAUAAACAGUUCUGUGCUUUAGUAGAGAAUAAUAUUCAAGAGAAAAGAAAAAGCCAAUGUUUAAAAAAAAAGUAUUGACAUAGAUGUUCCAGAAUCUACCUAGUAAGAUGAAAUUAUAAUAGUUUUUUUAUAGAAUUAUAAAUUAAUCAACAACUAUUCCUACCUACAAGGUUGUGCAGUAUCUUAGAUACAAUAUUGAUACAAGAUACUCGCUAACACCCGUUAGAUGAAAUUGAAAUUGUAUUAUUUUUUUUUUUUUUUGGGGGGGGGGGGGGCUAAC